AUUGUCAAUGUCAAAAUCGUAUGUUGUAACAGCAAGUUUGCAAUUUUUGUUAUUAUUUUUUUAUUUCUAAAAAUAAUAAAUAAAUUUGACUUUGAAUAAUUUAGUUAGAAAUGCGUUUACUUACAUUUAGUUUUCUUAAAAAUUGUAAAUGGAAAUCUAUAUGGUUACAGAGUCCUAGGAAGAUUAGCAAUGACACAGUUCAAUCUAAAAUUUUAGAAAAUAUUACAGGGGAUCCUGAUCUAAUAUACAUACACCCAUCAUGGAAGGCGGACGAAGAGCCGGAACUUCGUGCUGCAAUCAUGAAUGACAUGCAAGUACUGCCGGAUUUUGUCACUGAGGCAGAAGAGGCGUCAUUAUUGGCUGAACUGGAGCCUUAUCUCAAGAGAAUGAGAUAUGAAUUUGAUCAUUGGGAUGAUGCGAUCCAAGGGUUUCGCGAGACGGAGCGUAGCAGGUGGAGCGCGGUGAACGGCGGCGUGCUGUCGCGUGUGCGGGCGACCGCGUUCGCGGCGAGCGAGCCGCUGCCGCACGUGCACGUGCUCGACCUGGCCGCCGCCGGACACAUCAAGCCGCAUAUCGACGCUGUUCGGUUCUGCGGCGAGGUGAUCGCCGGCGUGAGCCUGCUGUCGGCGGCGGUGAUGCGCCUGCAGCAUGCGCAGCGCCACCACUUGCAGUUCGACGCGCUUCUGCCGCAGCGGUCGCUUUACAUUAUGAGGGGCGCGGCGCGGUACCAGUUCACGCACGCCGUGUGCGGCGGCGACGGUGAACAGAGCACGUGGCGCGGGGAGGUGAUAAGACGCCGCCGCCGCGUCGCGCUCAUCACCCGCAGCCAGCCGCGAGCGCAGGACGCCUGCUGACACCAACAGCGGCACGAGUGAGCGGAUGCGCAGUUUGCAUUGUUUCACCUCAUAGUAUUAGUCAAUUGGUGCUUCUCGUAUUGUCCUAUUUUAAAUUAUGUUUUGUAUAAGUAAUGUAAAUAUGUAGUAAUGGAAAAAUGUGAUAAAAUAAAAAAAGUGUGAAUUAUAAAUGUAUGACAUAGUAAAUAAAUAAACCAAAAAGAGUUAACCAAAUGUAUGUUUGUUCUAUGGACUUGAAUUCAUAUAAGUUUUCUCAGUUUGGAUUAGAUCUACUAGAUGCUAU